CCUCCGCCACCCCUCCUCCAAGACUGCAACACUUGAGCCGCUUUGAUUCAACUUCAGCACACAAAAACUGACCACAGUUGCUCUGCUGGAUGGAUGAAGUGAGGAUGAAGGAGGCUCGGUCCCGCUUGGAAUAACUCGGGAUUUUUUUUAAAUUUAUUUGUUUGAAUUUUCCCUCAUUUUAUUGAAGGAGAAGAGGAGAGGGGAAACGGAGAAAAUACCCAAGAAGGACGCGCAUUUGUGAAGGGCAAGACGAUGGGUUGCGUUAAGAGCAAAGAGGACAAAGGCCCGACAAUGAAGUAUCAGCCAGAGAAUUCGCCGGCAUCAGACGACAAUGCCGUGGCUACCACGCCUCACGUAGGUCACUAUGGACCAGACCCCACCCAGCUGCAGCAGAGUCAAGCUGCUUCAUCUUCAUCUGGCUCUGGGGUUGUAAAUUUCAACCACACCCUCACGCCAUUUGGGGGAUCCUCAUCUGCAAUGACUCCCUUUGGAGGAGCGUCGUCAUCUUUUUCCGGUCCUGUGUCCAACUCGUUCUCUGGUGCUGUCUCAAGCGGUGUUACAUUCUUUGUGGCCUUGUACGACUAUGAAGCCAGAACAUCGGAUGAUCUUACAUUUAAGAAGGGAGAUCGCUUCCAGAUCAUCAACAAUACAGAAGGAGACUGGUGGGAGGCUCGCUCCAUCAACACAGGGAAGAAAGGCUACAUCCCGAGCAAUUAUGUGGCCCCUGCUGACUCCAUCCAGGCUGAAGAGUGGUACUUUGGUAAAAUGGGACGCAAAGAUGCUGAGAGGUUGCUGCUGAAUCCAGGGAAUCAUCGAGGAACUUUCCUGGUGCGAGAAAGCGAAACUACUAAAGGCGCUUAUUCUCUCUCCAUACGAGACUGGGAUGACGCCAAAGGAGACAAUGUGAAACACUACAAGAUCCGUAAGCUUGAUAACGGGGGAUACUACAUCACCACACGAGCCCAGUUUGACACGUUACAGAAACUCGUCAAACACUAUACAGAGCAUGCAGACGGGCUUUGCCACAGGCUGACCGCUGUUUGCCCCACAGUCAAGCCUCAGACCCAGGGGCUUGCUAAAGACGCCUGGGAGAUUGCCCGGGAGUCCCUUCAACUGGAGCUCAAACUGGGCCAGGGCUGCUUCGGAGAGGUCUGGAUGGGCACAUGGAACGGCACCACUAAAGUGGCCAUAAAGACGCUGAAGCCGGGGACCAUGUCGCCCGAGGCCUUCCUUCAAGAGGCUCAGAUCAUGAAGAAGCUCAGGCACGACAAACUGGUGCCCCUUUAUGCAGUGGUGUCCGAGGAACCCAUCUACAUCGUCACGGAGUACAUGGCCAAAGGAAGCUUGCUCGACUUCCUCAAAGAAGGCGAUGGCAAAUUCUUGAAGCUCGUCUUGCUGGUGGACAUGGCUGCAAAGAUCGCUGACGGCAUGGCUUUCAUCGAGAGGAUGAACUACAUCCACAGGGACUUGCGUGCUGCCAACAUCCUCGUGGGCGAGAACCUGGUGUGCAAGAUCGCCGACUUCGGUCUGGCCAGGUUGAUAGAGGACAACGAGUACACGGCGAGGCAAGGAGCCAAGUUCCCCAUUAAAUGGACGGCCCCAGAGGCUGCACUGUACGGUCGCUUCACCAUCAAGUCAGACGUCUGGUCCUUCGGCAUCCUGCUCACAGAGCUCGUCACCAAAGGCAGAGUGCCCUACCCAGGUAUGGUGAACCGGGAGGUGCUGGAGCAGGUGGAGCGAGGAUACCGCAUGCCGUGCCCACAAGGCUGCCCUGAAUCCCUGCAUGAGAUGAUGAAACUCUGCUGGAAGAAGGAGCCGGAUGAGAGGCCCACCUUCGAGUACCUGCAGUCCUUCCUCGAGGACUAUUUCACCUCCACAGAGCCACAGUACCAACCCGGAGAAAACCUAUAGCCAGCUGUGCAUCCCUAAAGACGCAGCAGUCUAGAAAAAGUCGACUGGAAACUGCGUCAGUCGCACAAACCACUACUUGGUCUCCCUUUUUAACAAUUAUUUUGGUUCUGCAUCCAGCCUCCAUUUACUUUAUGUUGUAGUCUCAUAGUUUUUGUUUUCAUUCAUGGUACUAAACAAGUCUUAGCUGUGUGAAUUCUUCAUUUUGAAAGCAGAUGUAAUCACCAUAAACAAACUGGCAAAACAACUGCGGUUAGUGGACACAAAUCUGAAUUACAGCUAUGUUUUAAAUAUACUACAUGUGGGAUUCUGACUCAUGAACACGGUAUUACAUUUCAGUGAAAUAAGCUGUAAAACAGCCUCACAAAAGAAAAACAUUGAGAGUAGCUGGCCUUUUAUGUCUUUUAAUGUGGAAAUCUCACACUUAUUUGCCUCCAAAUUGUAUUAUCUGUGCUAUAUUAGUAAAUUAAACAUAAAAGCGAUCAAUUAUGAAGAAAAAUAAUAUAUUUUCCGAACAGAGAGACGUUCUCAGGGGGUCGAUGGUUAAGUGAUGCUUUCAAAUCCACACAGCUCAACUUUAUUUACACUUCAUCAGUUACUUUGACAGUGCAAUCUCUGUGACGUGCUUGUUUUUAACAAUGCAUUUUUAAAAUAUUAUUAUGAAUUAUUCAUAUCAUCUGGACAUAGUUUUAUAGCUUCUUUUGAAGACUUUCCUUACAGGCCAUCAUCACCCACAUGAGACUUUUUGUUGAUAACAAUGCCAUAUGUCUUUGUGCCCCUCACUGCCCUGGUUAUUAUAAUCUCACUGUAAUCACCACAGAGUCAUGCUUACAUAAAAGUGCUCUGUGUAACGUGUCACUGGUUUGAUUGCAACGAAACUCGUGGACUUGUGGCUUCUUGCCAAGCCGGGAUGACAGGACACAUGCGAGGUUCGUGCCAGUCAAGCACGAAGGAGGACUUUACAGACUACACGGCUAUUUUUGAAGCGAACAAAGCUGCCAAAUAAGUUGGAAACAACCAUUUUAUCCUCUGAGAUGUGACUGCUGAACAAGCCUCAGACUCUUAACAUGUAUUCAAGGUGACACUGCAUAAUCUGUUUGUAUUGAGGUGAGAUGACAGUUUUUACAGUGAUUUUUCUCUUUGCAUUUUGCUCCUGUGCGCACUCAUCAGGACAAUACUAUAAUGGGAAUAACAGCAGUUGACGACAGAGCUUGCAAAGAAGGGCUUUGUAUAUUAUGAAAUCCUCAUUUUAUAUGAAUAUUGAUAAAAACUGACAGGACUGCAAAUUUAUUUGGGGGAGAGGUCAUGGGAGGAGGUUUAAUGUGGGGAAUUUGUACAAUAAAAACGUGAUUUUA